GUUGCUGGGGCCUCGUGGUGGGGCGGCUCCGCGGGGCUUCGCCCGCUCCCGCACCUCCCUCGUGACCUCUUGCCGCGCCCAGCGGGCCCUGCGCUUCGGCUGGAGACCGGAGAAGGGUGAAAAACGAAUGUCAUCAUGUCUGGACUCAAGCGAACAAUCAAAGAAACUGAUCCAGAUUAUGAGGACGUGUCUGUGGCCCUUCCAAAUAAGCGUCAUAAAGCAAUUGAGAAUUCAGCUCGAGAUGCUGCUGUGCAGAAGAUCGAGACUAUUAUCAAGGAACAAUUUGCACUUGAAAUGAAGAAUAAGGAACAUGAAAUUGAAGUCAUUGACCAGCGACUGAUUGAGGCAAGAAGGAUGAUGGAUAAACUUCGUGCCUGCAUUGUUGCAAACUACUAUGCUUCUGCAGGACUUCUAAAAGUUUCUGAGGGAUCAAAGACAUGUGAUACAAUGGUUUUUAAUCAUCCUGCUAUCAAGAAAUUUUUGGAGUCACCAUCUAGGUCUUCCUCUCCUGCCAAUCAGAGAUCAGAGACACCAUCAGCCAAUCAUUCAGAAAGUGAUUCUUUAUCUCAACAUAAUGACUUCUUAUCUGACAAAGACAAUAACAGCAAUAUGGAUAUAGAAGAAAGACUCUCAAACAACAUGGAACAGAGACCGAGCCGAAAUACUGGAAGGGACACCGCUAGUAUUACUGCCUCUCAUAAAACAGAGCAGCGGAAUGCUGAUCUCACAGGAGAUGAGACUUCACGACUUUUUGUAAAGAAAACAAUAGUAGUGGGCAAUGUGUCCAAGUACAUACCUCCUGAUAAGAGAGAAGAAAAUGACCAGUCAACCCACAAGUGGAUGGUAUAUGUCCGAGGGUCUCGUAGAGAACCCAGCAUUAAUCAUUUCGUCAAGAAAGUUUGGUUCUUUCUUCAUCCCAGCUAUAAGCCAAAUGACCUUGUGGAGGUUAGAGAGCCUCCUUUUCACCUGACCAGAAGAGGCUGGGGUGAGUUUCCUGUCAGAGUUCAAGUUCAUUUUAAGGACAGCCAGAACAAGCGGAUAGAUAUCAUACAUAAUCUGAAGCUGGAUAGAACUUACACUGGCUUGCAGACUCUUGGAGCAGAGACGGUAGUGGAUGUUGAGCUCCACCGACACUCUCUUGGAGAAGACUCCAUUUAUCCUCAGUCCUCCGAGUCGGACAUCUCUGAUGCCCCACCAUCUUUGCCUUUGACCAUUCCAGCCCCAGUGAAAGCUUCCUCACCGAUAAAGCAGUCACAUGAGCCAGUACCUGAUACAUGUGUGGAGAAAGGCUUCCCAACCAAUACCGAAGCUGAGAGACACACUACUUUUUAUUCUUUGCCAUCUUCAUUGGAACGAACACCCACCAAAAUGACGACAUCCCAGAAAGUUACUUUUUGUUCUCAUGGCAAUUCAGCUUUUCAGCCAAUAGCAUCAAGCUGCAAAAUUGUGCCACAAAGUCAGGUUCCUAAUCCUGAGUCACCCGGAAAAUCCUUCCAACCCAUCACCAUGAGCUGCAAAAUUGUUUCAGGUUCCCCCAUAUCAACUCCAAGUCCAUCACCGCUGCCUCGAACCCCGACUUCCACUCCAGUCCAUGUGAAGCAAGGCGCUGCCAGCUCUGUCAUUAAUAACCCUUAUGUUAUCCUGGAUAAGCCGGGGCAGGUUAUUGGAGCCACCACUCCCACUACAGGAAGUCCUACAAACAAGCUCUCUACUGCCUCCCAGGCCUCCCAAGGAGCAGGUUCCCCUAUUCCCAAAAUUCAUGGAAGUAGUUUUGUAACAUCUACUGUCAAGCAGGAGGAUUCUUUGUUUGCAUCUAUGCCACCUCUUUGCCCUAUUGGGAGUCACCCUAAGGUUCAGAGUCCUAAACCUCUAACUGGAGGACUUGGAGCUUUCACAAAAGUAAUCAUCAAACAGGAACCUGGUGAAGCCUCUCACGUGCCUGCAACAGGAGCUGCCAGCCAGUCACCACUCCCUCAGUAUGUGACAGUGAAAGGGGGUCACAUGAUUGCUGUGUCCCCUCAAAAACAGGUCCUAACUGCUGGAGAAGGGACUUCCCAGUCACCAAAGAUUCAGCCCUCCAAGGUUGUUGGGGUGCCAGUUGGGUCUUCUUUACCUUCAACAGUGAAACAGGCUGUGGCAAUCAGUGGUGGCCAAAUCCUUGUAGCCAAGGCCAGCUCUUCUGUUGCCAAAGCAGUUGGUCCAAAGCAAGUUGUGACACAAGGAGUUGCCAAAGCAAUUGUGAGUGGAGGCGGAGGAACCAUUGUUGCUCAGCCAGUGCAAGCCUUAACCAAGACUCAGGUCACUGCUGCCGGCCCUCAGAAGACUGGAUCCCAGGGUUCAGUAAUGGCAACAUUGCAGCUACCAGCCACUAAUUUGGCCAACUUAGCAAAUUUGCCUCCUGGCACUAAACUCUACCUUACAACGAACAGCAAGAACCCUUCAGGAAAAGGGAAACUGCUGCUGAUCCCUCAAGGAGCCAUCCUACGAGCUACCAACAAUGCUAACCUCCAGUCUGGCUCAGCUGCAGGAAGCGGCGGCGGUGGGGGAGGUGGUGGCAGUGGUGGUGGCACAGGAGGGACCCAGAGCCCUGCUGGCCCAGGAGGGAUCUCCCAGCACCUGACUUACACAUCUUACAUCCUGAAGCAGACUCCUCAGGGUACAUUUUUAGUUGGUCAGCCAUCACCCCAGACAUCUGGAAAACAGCUGACUACUGGGUCAGUGGUCCAAGGAACACUGGGAGUCAGCACAUCUUCUGCACAAGGACAACAAACAUUAAAAGUCAUCUCUGGACAAAAAACCACUUUGUUUACCCAGGCAGCCCCUGGGGGACAAGCAUCGCUAAUGAAAAUAUCUGAUAGCACACUAAAGUCUGUGCCAGCCACCUCGCAACUCUCAAAGCCUGGAACCACCAUGCUCAGAGUGGCAGGAGGGGUGAUCACAACGGCCACUUCCCCAGCUGUGGCCCUCUCAGCAAACGGUCCUGCCCAGCCGUCAGAAGGAACAACUCCCAGUUCAUCAUCUGCUAUCGGUUCUGUAAUGAAAACUUCUGGGCAGCAAGCAGUGUGUGUGAGCCAGACCCCCAUGCCAUCCUGCAAGGCUGCAGCUCCCUCCGUCAUCAGCGCCACAUCCCUGGUGCCCACGCCAAACCCCAUCUCCGGGAAGGCCACCGUGUCAGGAUUGCUAAAGAUUCACUCCAGUCAAUCCAAUCCCCAGCAGGCUGUCCUGACGAUCCCCAGCCAGCUCAAGCCACUCAGUGUAAAUACAUCCGGAGGGGUACAGACUAUCCUGAUGCCUGUGAAUAAAGUGGUUCAGUCAUUUUCUGCCAACAAAUCCCCUGCCAUUCUGCCUGUAGCUGCCCCAACUCCGAUUAUCCCCAGCUCUGCUUCAGCAGCUGUUACGAAAGUAAAGACCGAACCAGAAGUGCCUGGGCCAGGCUGCCUCUCCCAGGAGGGUCAGACAGCUGUGAAAACAGAAGAAAGUUCUGAGCUGGGAAACUAUGUCAUCAAGAUAGACCAUUUAGAAACUAUCCAGCAACUCUUAACAGCAGUAGUAAAGAAGAUCCCCUUAGUCACUGCAAAAAGUGAAGACGCCAGCUGUUUUUCUGCGAAGUCUGUGGAGCAGUAUUAUGGCUGGAACAUUGGGAAAAGGAGAGCUGCCGAGUGGCAAAGAGCAAUGACCAUGCGAAAAGUCUUACAAGAAAUCCUGGAGAAGAAUCCAAGAUUUCACCACCUGACUCCCCUUAAAACCAAGCACAUCGCUCACUGGUGUCGCUGCCACGGCUACACCCCACCCGAUCCCGAGACCUUGAGGAGCGACGGCGACUCUAUUGAGGAUGUGCUGACCCAGAUCGACAGCGAGCCAGAGUGCCCGUCGUCAUUCUCCUCUGCCGACAACCUCUGCCGGAAACUGGAGGACCUGCAGCAGUUUCAGAAAAGAGAGCCAGAAAAUGAAGAGGAGGUGGACAUCCUCAGCCUCCCGGAGCCGGUAAAGAUCAGCAUCAAAAAAGAACAGGAAGAGAAGCAGGAAGAAAUGAAGUUCUACCUACCACCAACACUGGGGUCAGAAUUUAUCGGUGACAUCACCCAGAAGAUCGGGAUCACCCUGCAGCCUGUGGCACUUCACAAGAACGUGUACGCAUCGGUGGUGGAGGACAUGAUUUUAAAGGCCACGGAGCAACUGGUGAACGACAUCCUGAGACAGGCUUUGGCGGUUGGAUACCGGACAGCAUCUCACAACAGGAUUCCCAAAGAAAUUACAGUGAGUAACAUUCACCAGGCCAUUUGCAACAUUCCUUUUCUGGACUUUCUUACAAAUAAACACAUGGGAAUAUUGAAUGAAGACCAGUGAAUAGAAUGAAGAUGCCCUUAGAAAAGCAGGAUUUGCAGAUGUAUCCGAAGCUUCGAACUGCGACGACUCUUCUCUUUGGGGAAGGAGGUGAUUGUCUUUGUGCCUCGAAAUAUUAUGGCUACCAAACCAUUGCCUCCACUUAAAUCACUGUAACACCGGAGUAUUCGGUCCUAGAUCAGAUCCCUUUAGGACAGAAGUUUCUGAGUCUAGAAUGAAGCUGUGAGGGGAUGUGUGCUCUGUCAGCUUGCAUUUGCUCGCUCUCUGGAAAAGCUUUGGGACAGAAUCUCCAAGCUGGGCCAGGCCAUGUGCAGCAGGUCCUUCUCUGGGUGUCAAGGGGCACCUUGGGCCACGCUGGUGGUCCACCUAUUCUGGGACUACAGGCAGCUCCUGCAGUUACCCUAGUAACCUCUGGAGCCAGGCGGGGCUUCUGCCCUCAUCCGGUGGCUGUGGCGUGGGGGACCCCAUCAGCCUUAGGGGGCAAUAAUGCCUUGCAGAAGUCAGCAGAGCCUGGGAACCCACACGCUGUGCAGAAGUGUUUUCAUGGAGCAUAGGGACAUUACUGCAGCCAAGGUCAGCACCGUCAAGGGGUAGGCAGAUCCCAGCAAAUGUCCGGGAAAGGUCUGACUAUAACCAAGCAGCUCUCCCUAGGUCAGUAAUAGAGAACACCCGCAAAUCCCAGGCACCUGGCCGACCUGGACCAGCUUUGUGUGUGUCAGGCAGAGCUGGUUCCACAGCAUUCACGGGGUACGUGGGUCACCCCGUGGUGAGGGACCAGUGGGGAGCAGCCCCUGGGCCAGGCCUGCGGGAAUGGGGAGUCCUGUCAGUGGACUUAGUGCCCUGUUCUUUUCCACUUGGCUUUUCCAAAGAAAAGCGUUUCAAGGAAACACUGUGAGUGCCUUAAAGAGAGAGAAAUGACUGCCGAAGCCACGAGACAGGAAUGUUAGUGCUUAGAAGCAGUGAGAAUAGAUUGUGCCCAGAUGCAGAGCCCUCUUGGCGGGAGAAGUGAACGGGAGGAGGAGGGUCCACAGGGCCCGCGUGAUACUCAGUUGCAUUACAGAUACUCUGUCCUAACAUAGUCUGUGUCGAAGGAAAGGAGAGAAUUUAUUCUGUGAGGAAUCUGCUCAAAGGAAAUUUGAAGUUUGUGAAUCAGACUUACCCAGUCAACAUAACUGAAGUUUCCAUGAGUUGUGUAGACGUUUGGGUCAGGAACAGAAGGCAGGGAGGUGACCAAGAGAUCUGCCCUUCUCUAUUCAGCAUCCGAGGAUUUGCAGGUGCACAAGGAAACCUGUUCAAUAAGGCAUCAGGCAUGCCCGGGCUCAGUAAAAAAGUUUAGUGCAUAAAGGCUCAGAUACUCUAUACAUUAACCACUGCAAGCGAGGCCAGUGGACAGGUGCAUAAAUUUAUUCAGCAGCGGACUGUGACAGUUUUACAGGAUGGAGGAUUUGAUCCCAAUGAGAACAGAUCGAUUUAUUACAGGUAUGAAAGCCUAAAGUAAUUAUCUUUUUGCAAAAGAAAUAUUAAAUCAUUUAACAGUUCCCAUAUGUGUUAAUGUUUCAGAUGUAUUUAUAUCAUAACAUGUAACAUAAUUGUGUAACAAAACUACAAUAAACCUUUUAGUAUU